AUGAUGUUUUCGAGGGACUACCUCUUCGAGCUCUUCACGACCCAUAAGUUCAGCGACUUUUGCUUCACAAGACCGGGCGAGAGAGGUCUUGAAGUGCACAAGGUACUUCUGUCGGCUAGAUCACCAAUAUUCAAAUGGUACUUCGAAACGCACAAGGGCAAGAAGGCCGACUUGCUUGACCUAGUGGCGUGCGAGGGAAUCAUGGGCUACGACAGUGACGACGAAGCCAAUAAUACAGCGCUUCGGGACUCUCUCUUUGACAUCAUAGCGUUCUGCUACUUGGAGAAUUGCAGCGACUGUCGUCGCGACACCAACAUCCACUUCAACAUACGCGUUAUUCCACUCCUGCUCACGCACGCGCUCGCCGACCGCUUCGAAAUCCCCGAUCUUGUUGCCGGGGCCGAGAAAAAGUUCAGAGACGCGUUCGCCUGGUUUUGCACGAAUGCUGUUGACGAACACGUGGAGUCAGCGCUGAAGAUCUGUUUCUCUCCUGAUCUUCUCAAGAAGCGCCAUAUUCAAGGUCGCACUUUGGAGCUACUGCGUGAUACUGCGAUGUGGAUGUUUGAGCAACAGGUUGAGAACUACAAGAGGGCUGGGCAGAGAGAAAAGCUUAUGGCGCUGAUGGCGGGUAUACCGCAAGCGUCUGCGAAGCUAGGUCGGCAGCUUGUGGAUGCUGAUCAAGCUGGUACAAAGGGUGAGGCUGAGGGAAGCGUGAAGCAGGGAACAAGGGAGUGA